AUGCCGCACACAAUGCAAAUGCAGUCCAUUUCGGGCAUCAUCACUCAAACGCACGGGACGAUGGGCGAAGUGCCGCCUCCCCUGGUGGGAGCUUCCGUCACGGUCGUCGACGAUCUCGUUUUUGUGUUUGCCGGUCGACUCGUUUCCUCUCGAAAAAUGACCAACCAUAUUUAUGUGCUCGAUUUGAAAACGCUCACCUGGACUCGUCACAUUCCUUCUCCCGACAGCGAUAAACCACCGAAACCACGCUAUUUCCAUUCCGCAAGUGUAUAUAAGAAAAAAAUCAUCAUAUUUGGUGGCAUGGGCUAUUCGCGAAUCUCGGCAGACGGAUUGUGUGUCCUCGAUGACGUGGCCGUGUUUGACGUCGAAACCAUGUGUUGGAAAAGUUGUACCAUUCGACCCUCGCUGUUUGCCCCCCGACCUCGGUACGCGCAUUUAUCAGCUGUCAGUGAAGAUCGCCUUAUUAUUGUGGGCGGUCAAGACAUGAAUAAUGGUUACCUUGGUGAAAUCAAUGUACUGCAUUUGGAAACAUGGGAUUGGAUCCAAGUCAAAUCGUUGGAUAAACAUAUCGGCGCCUAUCGAUCGAUUGCCAUCACCACCCCUCCAGGGAUCCAUCUCUCACUGCCAAUGAAAAAUAAAACACCGCGAGAAGAAACUUUGAUUUAUCUCUAUACCAAUUACAAUUUUGCCGACGUCAAGCGGGAACUCCAGCUUAUUUAUUCGCCGGGAUCAACUUCAUCCACCAUUGAAGAAUGUUCUUCUCUGAUGGACGGUUCAGUCAUGCCGCCCGGUUUACGUUUUCCCACCGGUUACGUGCUUGGCAACCAUCUCAUUGUCGCCGGCACUUACCUCUCGCCUCAAGUGCAGUCUUACACUGUGUGGUCCCUCAAUCUUAGCACGCUGGUCUGGGCACGGGUCGAAACAGGGCCCGUAUUCAAUUCUGGAUCAUGGAACAAGGCCGUAUUGCAUGAAGAGACCAAUCGAUUGAUCGUGUUUGGACAUCGAGGGAGCAACCUGUUGGAUGACUACAACCACCGUCAAGUGAAUUUCAACCACCUUGUCACCGUCGAUAUGGAAGCCUUUGGUAUUUACAGAUUACCGAAAACAACGUGCUCGACGCUCGCUCAAGAGAUGGGGUUACGUCUUUUGAACGAACCGGCCGUCUCGGAUGUCCACAUUAUUACUCGUGAAAAACAAGUGAUUCCCGUCAAUUCAGCCGUCGUAUCGCAACGCUGGCCUUACUUUGCUUCUCUUUUAAAAGAAUCGCAACAGAUGGAAACCGCCAACACACCCCAAAAACGGUUCAUCGCCUUUCCUUAUCCUUACCCAGUCAUUGUUGCAUUACUGCAGUUCCUUUACACCGACAAUUUAUUGACAGCUCAGCAAUACCAGCCACACAUUCUUUCACAGCUUUUACUGUUUUCUGAUAUGUAUGAUUUACCGCGCUUACGGGAAGUGGCCACCCACGCACUGCAUCAAAUGUUGAACAUGUCAACGGCGCCUUUGAUCUUUGAGACCGCGGCUCUGGCGCAUCAAAUGAGUUUGCAGAUUCGUGCCUUGAAGUUAAUGAUUGCCGCAAGAAAAAUGAUCCAACAACAGCAGCAGAUGCCAAUGGAACAUGAACCUAUGACUCCACGACAACGCACACGAUCGACCCCGAAUGAAUUACCAUCCUCCAAUAUACCGAUGACGCCUUCCCCUUCAGCCUCGUUAUCCACCUCCAAUUAUUCGUCGGCAUUUCCAUCGCCUGCAUUAUCGUCUUCCUCUACGCAACCUCAGUCGUUUUUGCAACAAUACCCGGCGCUUGAACAGCAUACAAGAACGUCUGUCUAUGAUCCAGCUCAGACCCCGUCAUCGUAUCAAAGCAACAGCUCCACCGGUAACAAUUCACCUACAUCGGCCACCCAUCGAAGUCGCACACCUUCGUUCACGGGUCGAUCCACUUAUGGCAACCACACUUUGUCUCGAUCCAUGAUGUCCAUGGGAGGUUUCAGCUUCUCAACGAUGCGAUCCACUCCGUCUCACAGUCCGCCAGCGACUCCGCGGUCGAUGGCCAGUACCAAUGUAGUUGACCAAAAUGCGGUGCGAUCGUCUGCAGUGGAGGCUGACGUGAGUGCCGUGGCAUCGGUACGCAACAGUCCUUUACCUGUGACUGACAAAAAGAAAAAAGAUGGCAGGAAAAAGGAGAGAAAAGCUCUCUUUGAAAGCUUUGGAAGCAAGUUAUUUAAUUAA